AGACAUAUUGGUGCAAGAUGCAUGAUUUGGUACACGAUUUUGCUCAACUUCUCACGGAAAGGGAAUGCUAUGUAUUAGACAUUGGCAACAACAUCACGCAAGAGCYGAGGUACAAAGAUGCCCGCCACAUAACUUWWAUAGGAAAUGAUGAUGAUGAUGGUAAUGAUCUGARGGAGAAGACCAUCCCCUUGUCCAUUUACAAGGCAAUGAAGCUAAGAACUCUACAACUCCCUCAAAAAGUWUGUGGAUUCUCCGGUUUAAUCGAUAAAUUAACAUGUCUAAGGGCAUUAGMUYUGGGAGGCACUUGUCUUMARGAAUUACCAAGCAAGAUAGAGAWGUUGAUACAUCUAAGAUACCUUAAUUUAUCWGAUACSGAACUGAAAGAWUUGCCWGAAACAUUGAGUAAUCUACAUAAUUUGCAGAUUUUGGAGCUUAAUWAUUGUUCAAAGCUUUGCAAAAUUCCCAAAGGAAUUGGAAAAUUGACUAAAAUGAGACACCUUGAAAUURAGGGUACURAAARUUUGCACUACUUACCAAGAAGCAUUGGUAGAUUAAGUUCCCUGUGCACAUUAUCUAAAUUCAUYAUAGGUGGGGGUGGAGGGGRAUGUACAAUUAAGGAACUAAAUGACCUCAAGUUCCUUCAAGGGGAACUAGAAAUAAGUGGAUUGGGAAGAGUAAAAAGUGAAAAUGAGGCUAAUGUUGCAGACUUAAAGAACAGAGAAAACAUGAGCAACCUGGWAUUACGCUUUGAUGGCCAUGAUGRUGAAGAUGACAACUUGAAAGAGAGGAAGAUGGARASCGUACUUGAGGGUCUCCAACCACACAAAAACUUGAAGGAGUUGACAAUAUAUGGUUACAUGGGGAACAAGUUAGCAAGUUGGAUGGUGAGAGAUGAUGGGUUGCCUAAUCUCCGGUUUCUGCGCUUAUAUGCAUGUAAAAAUUUGUGCAAGUUGCCCCCUUCUCUGGGAAAUCUACCAUUUCUUAGACGUCUAUGGAUAGGUGGUAUGGAUAAAAUAAAACACAUGGACAUCCAUAUGUUUUUCGGAGUCGAUUGGGCUGAUGUUGCUCAAACCGGUGAUGGGGCUAAGAAAGCAUUCCCAAAUUUAGGCAGCCUUCAAAUCGGUGGAAUGAAAAAUUUGGAAGAUUGGGAUCUUGGUAUGGGAGAAUUUGAUGGUAGAGAAACGAAUUCCAUUACUUUCAUGCAACAUCUUUGUGAUUUGAAUCUUUCUGAUUGCCCUAAGUUAAAAGUGCUGCCCCCUCUCAUUUUCUAUAAAAAAGCAGCACUGCAUAUAAGAGAUUGUCCUCAGUUGACUUGGACACCAUCCUCAUCUGGACUUCUACAACACCUUCACCGUUUGGACUUAAUUGGGAAUGCAGAAGCAUUUUUAAGGUCAAUACCAUCAGAUAAUAAGAUCGAUGAUUUAACAAUACGGUUCUCACCUAUCAAGUCACUUCACAAUGUUUUUGGGAAGUUUCACACACUCGAAGAGUUGUCUAUCAUUCGUUGCGAGUACAUUGAUUCUAUACCUGACGAGUUGCAGCAUCUCUCCUCGCUACAAAAAUUGUAUAUCUAUAAAUGCCCUCUACUGGAAGAACGUGGCAGAAAGGAAGUAGGAGAGGACUGGAAGAAUAUAUGCCACAUCCCCCACAUUGAAAUCAAUGGAAGAAGAAUCCAAUGACAGAUUCAGCAGCAAAGCAGCAUCAAUUAUGACUAAAGAUGCAAGAAAAGACCAUGGAAGAAUGAAGAUAAUAAUGGUUCAGCAUAGAUUUCAAUCGAAGGUUGGACAUGAUCUCAUUGAUUACUGGUGUAUAAUAAGAAUGGAAAACCCCACAUUUAGAGGACUAUUGCACACGAAGGAUUGGAUAGAGAUGAAAAGAAGAUUUUGACUCAUGGACCCAAACUUGCCAAAUCUGAGUUGGGUAAUUAGAUUGUUGCUUCCUCCAAGUACUGAAAAGCAUGGUCUGAGAUGCUCUGGUGGUGACUACAUCUUCAGCAGCUUGCAUAGCCGCCAUCAACUCAUACUAUUCCGAGGUGUAAGCCGAGUCACACAUCAUUCGGACCUUGUGAUCUUGAAUAUUGGUCUCUUUAAAGAACGUAGGAGAUUCAACCAAGAAUUUUGAGAAGGGCAUUUUGUAGUCGUAUCCUAUUCAGCUUAUUUAUGCAGGAACAAAAAUGAAGUGUUGAAAUCUAAUGGGAAAUUUUGGAAGGCUUCGUUAUUGGUGAGGAAAGCAUUAUCGUGACAGCAAACAGGAAAAGCAAAUUUCCAAAGCAUAAUCUGUCUCCAAUGGACGUAGUUGCCUGUAAACCUGCCAUCAUUUUUCUUUUUGAUUUAAAAUUCAAGACAUAGAAAAUGUCGUCCAAUCUAUUUGUGGGCACUGGGCAGUCAUAUUUUCAAAUCAAACACCAAAUAUUUGUGGGCAUAUUUUGCUUUUUCCGAAAUUGGGUGGGAGUGUGUCAGAUGGACGAACUCGGAAGAGAAACAAGCAGAUCUGCUACAGGUUUGACCGUUAAUUUGGUUAAUUGACACUUGUACGACUUAAUCGGUCCAAUUCAAUAUUUUUAACGACCCUCUA